CCUCAAGCCUCUGAAAAAUAGAGGAAGAGGUUACUAAAUCACUAACAGGCAUUCUAUUGUGUUCGUCUUUUGAAAGAGUCCCCCAAGUUUAUGCUCAGAUAUGAAAUUUUUCAUUGUGCUACUGCUCUGCUGCAGUUCUUUCUCAAGCAAAGCCAGCCCACUGCCCGCUGAGGAUGUAGACUGCGACCAUCCUGAAGUCUUCGAAGCUGUGGAUAUAGCCCUCAGAAAAUAUAAUGAUGACAAGGUGGAUGGCAACCAGUUUGCUUUGUACAUGGUGAUGGACGCCCAGCGAACUGCAGGUCCUGGCGCACAGUUCUUUGUGAAGUAUCAAAUAAGAGAGAGCACUUGUGCCAUUGGGGAAGGCAAACCCUGGCAAGACUGUGAUUACAGAGAAUCUGUGGAAGCUGAAACAGGAGAAUGUACAGCUGAAGUUUACAUUGACAAGGCUCAGAAAAUCAGUAAUGUUUCACAGGAAUGUAAAAUCAUCUCAGCUGCAGGAAGAGUGACUCUUUCUCAUGCUCCAUGUCUUGGAUGCUACCAUCCCAUACCAGGCAACAGCUUAGAUCUGCUACCCAUUCUGAGAUAUGCCAUUCGAAUCUUCAAUAAAGAAAGUCAGAAAUCCUUCCUGUAUGAAGUUGGUGAAAUAAUAACAGCCACAAGACAGGUGGUAGCUGGAUGGAACUAUGCAGUUGAAUAUACGGUCAAAGAGACAAAUUGCUCCAAGGAACAAUUUCAGGAUUUAAGUCCAAAGUGCAAGCCCAUUUUUGGAGGCCAUGUAGGUCACUGUGUAGCCAAGGCUUUUGUGGAUCUCAGCAACACACUUGUUGAUGUUACACAGCAAUGCAAGUUUCCAGUUGAGGAAACUGUACCUCCUCCACAGAUCUGUCCUGGCUGUCCAAAGCGCAUCCCAAAUGACAGUCCAGAACUGAAGGAAAUACUGAAGGCUUCCAUGGAGAAGUACAAUUCAGAGAGCAAUGAUGAUUUCUACUAUAAAGUUGAACGUGUACUCCACACCACAGUCCAGGUGGUUGCUGGAAAAAAUUAUGAGAUAGAAUUUCUCAUUGGGAAGACAAACUGCUCCAAGUCAGAAGUGGAGAAACUAAAUGAAGACUGUGAAGUUGUAAUUCCUAAGAUAAGUUUACAAUGCAUAGCAAAUAUAUAUGUGGUGCCAUGGAAGCAGAAAAUCAUCCCUCAGGUUAACUGCAGUGAAGUGAUCCCGAGUAUCCUAGCAAGAAGGCCUCCAGGUUUUACCCCGUUCCGAUCACUUAUGCUGCAUGAAAUUUAUCCACUGACACCCUCUUUACAAACUGCAGAAGAAGGAACAGACCCUGACAAAGGGCCAAGAGAAGAUCUUCGGCCAGGACUAGAAAAUGAGGAUGGACAAGGAGAUGGGUGUGACCGUAGAGUAGGGCAUGGGCAUGGACAUGGGCAUCGGUUUAAGCAUAGACCUGGGCAUGGGAAGGGGCGUGGAAGAGGACAUGGUAUUGGGCGAGGGCAUAAAAAACAUCAGAAGAAGGACAAACAUAAAGACUCCAAAGACAAGUCCUCUGAAGAAUCAGAGGAAAAGGUCCCUUGCCAAAGGGAAAGCCAGUCACCAAGCAUAGACAGGACAUCAGAAAAUUCACAGUUUCCUACUACACCUGGUGUAGUGCAGUUUCCUACUACACCUGGUCUAAUGCAGUCAGAUGCAUUAACUACUCCUGGGGUUAUGGUGGGUCCAAGAAAUGACGCUUCUACCCCUGAUAUCCCUGAGGAACCUAUUAGCCCUGGAACCCCUGAAAUUGCUCCUGAUAUUUCUUUAUUUGAUGAGCUUCCAGAUCUCCCAGAACCCCCUGUUCCCAAGUGCCCUGGAAAGCCAUGGAAAUCAAUUAUGCAACUCACAAAUCCUUCUGAAAAGACCAAAUUAUUUACAAAUGAGGAUCUUUUACCUCAUCCAUUUGAAAACCUCAAUCCAGCAUCAGAAAAACCUUCACCUAUCAAUACUGAUAUGGAUGAUUUUGACCUUGUGGAUGCUUUACCCCUUUAA